GGAGCUGCGUGCGGGCGGUGCAGCGCAGUGUAGGGCUUUGUGUGCGCCGAGAUGCGCUGGGCGCGGUGCCGCCCGGCUGCAGGGCUGCCCGCGGUCCCGGAGUUCCUAACUCCCUAAAGUCAGCCCCAGCCCGAGGUUAGGAGGGGCCUGGAGAGGCUUCAGGAAUGAGUAAAUUAAUUACAGACACCGUUUAUGUCACAUCCGCUGGGAGCACGGAGGGAGCCCGGGGCUGUCGCCUUUUCGGGAGCAAAAAACGGGAUUGAUGCAACUUCCUGCGGGUUUCGGGAGUCGGAGCUGGUGCUACCGUCGCGUUUCGCUCCAGAACGUCCCGCUGGGAUUUACAGCUGGACAUGAGACCGGCUGAGAUGUCCGUCCUUGCGCUUCUCCGCAGAGGUGCUGCUGGAGUCGGGACCCCCGUGCCAUGAUCACAUCCCGAGCCGCCUGGGAUCUGCGAUCCGGGCCCUCCGCCCGAGCCGCCUGGAGCACCAAGGACCUUGCCCCGGACCGUCAAGAUUUGAGAAACGGGGACUCAGAAGCAGGCACAAAGCUCUGGGCAGCCUGCUGGUGAGAAGAGAGGGCUGCCUCCAUCUCCCUCCUGGCCCUUCUGAGCGGGAAUCACAGGAGAAAGGUUAAAAUUUAACAUGUAAGAUAGAAAACAGAGCGAUCUGCAUGGCAGGGUGAAUGCAGGCCCUUUGCCUCUUCCCAGCCUCAGCUCCUUGGACAGGCUCCUUGUCCCUCCCUGCAUGGACCCCAUGGGCCGUGGGCAGGACAGGCUCGGCGCUGGGGGCGGAGCAGCCGCCUCCCCUCGGGCUCCUCUGCUGCCAGCGCUGCUUCACCAUAAAAUCCUCAGCGUGAGCUGGCCGGACACUGCAAACCCCCGCGGGCUCUGCCGGGCGCUGCAGGCCCUGCGGGACACGGCGUGCAAGCGGCGGGAGGAGCCGCGGCACCGGGCCCCGGCACCGGAGGAGCCGCCUGCAGCCCCCCGUGAGCCAGCAGCAGUGCAGGCAGCCUCCACCAUGAACCUGGAGAAAACAGGAGGGAGGCUCUGUGGUGGGAAACGUGCCAGCCUGUCCACAGCCCGGCCCUUCCCCGUGAUCCAGGAGGUGAUGGCCUCCAUGGCACAUCUGCAGAAGGAGAAGCUGAGGCUGCAGGAGGAGCUGCUGGAGCUGCAGGAGAAGCUCACUGCCCAGGAGAACAACGAGCUCUCCCUCUCUCUCCAGCUGCAAGGCCAGGUGGAAACUCUGAAGGCAAAGCUCCUGGAGCAGGCACAGGAGAUCAGCCGGCUGCGCUCGGAGCUGGGUGGCACGGAUGCGGAGAAGCACCGGGACCUGCUGGCGGCCGAGAACGAGCGCCUGCGGCAGGAGAUGAAGGCGUUGGAGGGGGAGCUGCAGCGGCAGCAGCAGGCGCCGUGCCGGGACUGUCCCCACCUGCAGGAGAAUGCCGGGCUGCAGGAGCAGCUGUCCCAGCUGCAGCGGGAGGCAGAGGAGACGCGGACCAAGCUGGUGGAGCUGGAGCUGGAGGUGCAGCAGAAGACGAACCGCUUGGCUGAGGUGGAGCUGCGGCUCAAGGACUCCCUGGCUGAGAGAGCCGAGGAGGAGGAGCGGCUCAGCCGACGGCUGCGGGACAGCCAGGAGACCAUCGCCAGCCUCAAGUCCCAGCCCCAGCAGAUCAAGUACAUCAUCAAGACGGUGGAGGUGGAGUCAGCCAAGGUAAAACAAGCCCUGUGCGAGACCCAGUCCCGAAACCAGUACCUGCAGGAGCAGGUGGGCAUGCAGAAGCAGGUGCUGAAGGAGAUGGAGCAGCAGCUGCAGAGCUCCCAGAAGACAGAGGCUCAGCUCCGAGCUCAGAUCAUGAUGUACGAGGCUGAGCUGGAGCGAGCCCAUGGGCAGAUGCUGGAGGAAAUGCAGGCGAUGGAGGAGGAGAAGAACCGCGCCAUUGAAGAGGCAUUUUCCCGCGCCCAGGUGGAGAUGAAGGCGGUGCAUGAGAACCUGGCAGGUGUCAGGACCAACCUGCUGACGCUGCAGCCGGCGCUGCGCACCCUCACCCACGACUACAACAGCCUGAAGCGCCAGGUCCGCGACUUCCCCCUGCUUCUCCAGGAGACCCUGCGCAGCGCCAGGGCCGAGAUCAGCCAGGCCAUCGAGGAGGUGCACAGCACCAACCGGGAGCUGCUGCGCAAGUACCGGCGGGAGCUGCAGCUCCGCAAGAAGUGCCACAACGAGCUGGUGCGGCUCAAAGGAAACAUCCGUGUUUUUGGGAGAGUCCGCCCCAUCACAAAAGAGGAUGGGGAGGGACCUGAGGCAGCCAAUGCUGUGACCUUCGAUGCUGAUGAUGACGCUGUCCUGCACCUCCUGCACAAGGGGAAGCAGGUGUCCUUUGAGCUGGAUAAAGUCUUCCCCCCACAAGCAUCCCAGGAGGAGGUGUUUCAGGAGGUUCAAGCCCUGGUCACCUCGUGCAUUGAUGGCUACAAUGUCUGCAUCUUUGCCUAUGGGCAGACAGGGGCAGGAAAAACCUACACAAUGGAGGGGACGGCAGCAAACCCGGGGAUCAACCAGCGGGCCCUGCAGCUCCUCUUCUCCGAGGUGCGGGGCAAAGCGGCCGACUGGGACUACACCAUCACUGUCAGCGCCGCCGAGAUCUACAACGAGGCCCUCAGGGACUUGCUGGGGAAGGAGCCGCAGGAGAAGCUGGAGAUCAAGCUGUGCCCUGAUGGCAGCGGGCAGCUCUACGUGCCUGGGCUCACCGAGUUCAGAGUGCAGAGCGUGGAGGACAUCAACAAGGUCUUCGAGUUUGGCCACGUCAAGCGGGUGACAGAGUGCACCAACCUGAACGAGCACAGCUCUCGCUCCCACGCCCUCCUCAUCGUCACCGUCCGCGGCCUCGACCGCAGCACGGGGCUGCGCACCACAGGGAAGCUGAACCUGGUGGACCUGGCAGGCUCGGAGCGGGUCGGGCGCUCGGGCGCGGAGGGCAGCCGGCUCCGCGAGGCGCAGCACAUCAACAAGUCCCUGUCGGCGCUGGGCGAUGUCAUCUACGCCCUGCGCUCCCGCCAGGGCCACGUGCCCUUCCGCAACUCCAAGCUGACCUACCUGCUGCAGGACUCGCUCAGCGGCGACAGCAAGACCCUCAUGAUGGUGCAGGUCUCCCCUGCCGAGAAGAACACCAGCGAGACGCUGUGCUCCCUGAAGUUUGCCGAGAGGGUUCGCUCUGUGGAGCUGGGUCCUGUGUCCCGCAAGGCUGAGCUGGGCUCCUGGCCCAGCCAGGAGCACCUGGAGGGUGACUCUCCGGGUUCUGCAGCACCACCUGGCCGGGGUCACGCGUCCCCCAGCCCAGGGCAGCUCUCCAGUCGCUCUGCCUCCAUCCGCAGGAAGCUCCAGACCUCAGGGAAGCUGAGGCCAAUUCCCCUGUGAUGAGUGCCAGCCAUGGCAUCCAACCUGCUGCAGGACCCAGCCCCUCACAGUGACACAGAGAUGGCUGCUGGAAGACAUGAAGGCUUUGGUGCUGUUCCCUUGGCCACCAGGACCCAUGACCAGAGGGUGAUGGCACCUAUUACCAUGAGCAGCACGGGGUCAGGGUCUCCCAGCAGCCAUGCCCCCCUCUCAGGGUAGGGGACAGUGGUGCUGGGCAGAGAUCUGGCCCCUCAGAUGCUCAGCUCUGUGAGUUUAUUUUUGCUGGACAGAUGUUUUUAGCCAGAGCAGGGAGCUGCUGGGUGCUCCCUCCUCUCUCCAGCUCUGCUUUUACCAUGAGAUUUAGCUGGAAGGGGUGCACAGAGCCAGACCAGUCCCUGGCCCUGCCUCUGCUACUGCCACAGGGCCAGCCUGGCCACAGCUCCUGCAAGACUGCAUCUGGGCAGCAGCCCAAUGUCUUUCAGAGCAGCGCUUCCUCCAAGUUAAAAAACCCCAGCAGCUCCCUUCCCUGCCAGUUUCUGAAGCCCUGUUGUUGCAUGAAGGCCCCGGUGCUGUGCAUGAGCCGAGCUGCUGUUCCUCGUGGUGCCAGUGCUGCCAGGGCCCCACGCUGGCUGCCUUGGUGCCUGGCACCAGGGGAGAUGGAGCAGUCUCGAAUGAAGCUAUUGUAAAGUUAUUUACCAGUUGUCUUGUCAAGAGAGAUCACAGUGUGGUCAAGAUGAAAGUGUUUGAAAUAUUUAUACCUGUUUACAUGGUCUUGGAAUGGAAAACUAGUGGAAAACAAACAAAAAGACUCCAAACCUCCAGUCCAAAAGCCUCUUGGCUUAUAUGUAUGGGGAUGGUGGUUGGCAGGGGCAGGGGAGGGGAUGACACUGCCCUUGGACCUCUCAAGACCCACCCGUGGGUCCAUUUCCUCCUGUGCAAGCCCCUGCUGGGUGCACUGAUGGCUCUUUCCACCACAGCCCUCUCCUCUCGCGCUUCCACGGCGUAUUCUAUUUAAAAACAAAAAAGGGAAGAAUAAAAUUUAGCCUUUUGUAAGAUUAGAUGUUUCUAUGUAUUUUAAUAAUUAAAAAAUGCCCUGUUUUGUAACAAAACUUAUUUUAAAUAAACUCUUAAAGCCA